AUGGCAGGCCUGAGGUGCCUAUGCCACAUGAUGGGCCCCCUUCUCCGUUCCCCGGGACUCCGUGGCCUGUCGGCAGGCUGGGCCAACAUCCCCUGGGGCCAGGAGCCAGAGGGGCACCUGCCGGUGGGCAAGCUGUAUGGGGGUCGUUUCACGGUGACCCAGAUCCCGGGGGACGGCGUGGGGCCCGAGCUGAUGGGGCACGUGGAGAGGGUGCUGUCGGCGGCCCGGGCGCCGGUGGAGUUCGAGGUGGUGCGGGUGGACAGCGGCUCGCCGGAGCGGCGGGGGAUCCAGGCCGCCAUCCAGGCCGUGAGCCGCAACGGGGUGGCGCUGAAGGGCAACUUUGAGACGGCGGUGGGUGGGACGCCGCGCCACCGGCGCUCGCUCAACGUGCUCUUCCGCAACGAGCUGGGCCUUUUCGCCAGCGUCAACCGCUACCGGAGCCUGGACGGGGUGUGCUCGGCGGCAGCGGUGCGCGCUGGCCGGCCGCGGGCGCCAGACAUGGACGUGGUGGUGAUCCGCGAGACCACCGAAGGGGAGUACGCCCACCUGGAGCACGAGAGCGUGCCGGGGGUGGUGGAAAGCCUGAAGAUCAUCACGCGACGGCGCUCGCUGCGUCUGGCGGAGUUUGCCUUCAGCUACGCGCGUCGGCACCGCCGCAGGAAGCUCACGGCUGUGCACAAGGCCAACAUCAUGAAGCUGGCGGAUGGCCUGUUCGUGGAAUGCUGCCGCCAGGUGUCGGAGGGAUACCCCGAGGUGGAGUUUGACGCGGUGAUCGUGGACAACGCCACCAUGCAGCUGGUGAGCCGGCCGGGCCAGUUCGACGUCCUGGUGAUGCCCAACCUGUACGGGGUGGUCAUCAACAACAUCUGCGCCGGCCUGGUGGGGGGCCCGGGCCUGGUGCCGGGGGCCAGCUACGGCCGACGUUGCGCCGUCUUCCAGACCGCCAUCCGCAACACAGCGCCGCGCCUGGCCGGCCGCGACACCGCCAACCCCGUCGCCAUGCUCCUCGCCUCCUGCCUGAUGCUCGACCACCUGCGGCUGGGGGACCACGCCCAGCUGGUUCGCCGCGCCGUGCUGCGCACCCUCACCGCCGAGCGAGUCCGCACGCCCGACAUCGCCAACGGCCGAGCCAGCUCCACCGAGGUGGUGGACCACGUGGUACGCCUCAUCGAGGAAGACGUGCCCUCCAGGAGCGGCUGA